UCACUUUCCCCACGCAAAACCCUGAACCCCUCCUCUUUUCACUCUCUCUAUCUCUUCCUCUUGCGGCGGCGCCACCAUGUCAAUCAUUGAAGACGGCUUCUCCUCCGACCGCCUCUUCAACCAGGGCUACUCCUACACCUACGAUGACGUCAUCUUCCUCCCUCACUACAUCGACUUCCCCACCGACGCCGUCCUCCUCCCCACCAAGCUCUCCCGCCGCCUCCCCCUCUCCAUCCCCUGCGUCUCCUCCCCCAUGGACACCGUCACCGAGUCCCGCAUGGCCGUCUCCAUGGCCGCCCUCGGCGGCAUCGGCAUCCUCCACUCCAACGCCGCCUCCUCCGACCAGGCCGCCAUGGUCAGAUCCGUCAAGGCCCGCCGCGUCCCCCUCCUCUCCGCCCCCGUCUUCAUGUCCCCCGGAGACCGCAUCCACAGCGACGACGUUUUCGACCACGGCGCCAAUCCCUACGUCCUCGUCACCGAGUCCGGCGCCCCCAGCUCCAAGCUUUUGGGCUACGUGGCGAGCCGCGAUUGGGUGAAGCUGGCGGACAAGGAGGUCAAGAUUUACGAUUACAUGGUCAGCUGCAAGGACAUGGUUUUGCCGUGGAGCUCCGAUUUGGGGAGGAUUGAGGAGUUCAUGGCGGAGAAAGGCCGUGACGUGGCGGCGACGGUGAGGGGCGACGAGGUUGUGGACGUUGUGGGGAAGGAGGACGUGGAGCGGAUCAGGGGGUACCCGAAGUUGGGGGUCGGGUCGGUUGGGCCCGACGGGUCGUGGAGGGUCGGGGCGGCGAUAGGGACGAGGGACGAGGAUAAGGAGAGAUUGGAGGAGUUGGUGAAGGCUGGGAUUGAUGUGGUGGUGUUGGAUAGCUCACAGGGGAACUCGAUUUAUCAGAUUGAGAUGAUCAAGUACAUUAAGAAAAUGUACUCAGAUUUGGAUGUGGUUGGUGGGAAUGUGGUGACUGUGAGUCAGGCGCAGAAUUUGAUUCAGGCCGGUGUUGAUGGGUUGAGGGUUGGGAUGGGGUCUGGCUCCAUUUGUACUACUCAAGAGGUUUGCGCCGUCGGCAGGGGACAGGCAACUGCGGUUUACAAGGUUGCAUCUGUUGCUUCACAAAGUGGCGUGCCUGUCAUUGCUGAUGGUGGAAUUUCCAAUUCUGGACACAUUGUCAAGGCUUUAACCCUUGGGGCUUCUACUGUCAUGAUGGGAAGCUUCUUAGCUGGAAGCACUGAGGCUCCUGGGGCUUAUGAGUAUCAGAAUGGUCGCCGGAUCAAAAAAUACCGAGGCAUGGGCUCUCUUGAAGCGAUGACAAAAGGGAGUGAUCAAAGGUAUCUGGGAGAUACAGCGAAGCUGAAGAUUGCACAGGGGGUGGUUGGUGCAGUUGCAGACAAAGGUUCUGUUUUAAAGUUUGUACCGUACACAAUGCAAGCAGUGAAACAAGGUUUCCAAGAUCUCGGCGCUUCUUCUCUGCAGUCUGCUCAUGACCUCUUAAGAUCAGGGGUUUUAAGGCUAGAGGUAAGAACAGGAGCUGCUCAAGUGGAAGGUGGAGUUCAUGGGUUGGUUUCUUACGAGAAGAAGUCAUUUUGAUGGCAAUCGCUCUUGAGCCUUCGUUAUUGAUGCUGGCAUGGUAUUGAUUCUGCAACCAAAAACUUGGCAUGAGGAACAAGGAUCAAACCUGCCAAACUGGUAGAAGUUUUGCAAGAGUCUUGUUAUUGAGGUGCUCUCUGGCUUCUUGUUGGUCAUGAGGGCUUCCAGCGGCUUAUGUUUCUUUGACUCUGCACUAAGUGGGAUGUAGAACUAGUUUGAUUUUGUCAGUACUGUUUAGGGUCUAGUUUUUGCUUGGAUAGAGUUGAACUACUCUUUAUUAGAAAUUAUGAGUUAUGUUCGUUACUAAUGUAUGAUUAGUGUCAAUAAACAUGCGAUUCAAUAAAUUGUGGUUCCAGCGUUCACCACAUGGUUCUUUUCUA